UUAUUAAUAUGUACAAAAUUUUUCGUGCAGCACGUGUGUAACGACGAGGUUCGGCGCUAUUUUUGUGAUUAUUUUGUAAAAUGAAAUGUAUUUUUUUUCAUUCAUUUAUAUCAUGUUUUUUAUUAGUAAUUGUGAUAUAAUCGGUUUACGCGAGUUUGAACCUACUAUUUUGUCAGAAUUCAAUAUCAAUAGAACAAAAAUAUUGUUUAAGAGAUAUGAUGUCUGCAAUCCCGAGCAAACCUGGACCAUUUAUUGGAGUGAUUGACGUAGGCACGCGAACCGUUCGAUUUGUCAUCUUCGGUGCGAAACAUGUGUCGGAAGUCGAAUCGCACCAGAUCGAUAUCGAACAGCUCACACCACAAGAAGGUUGGGUUGAGCAAGACCCGAAUGAAAUUAAAACCGCGAUAAAAUCAUGUAUAGCUCAUGUGCUCGAAAGAAUGGAAAGGAAUGGUUUAGAUAUGAGAAAUAUUGUCACCAUUGGCAUUUGUAACUCCAGAGAGACAACUCUUGUCUGGGAUUCUAAGACUGGAGAGCCACUUUUCAAUGCUAUACUAUGGUCGGACAUCAGGACGGACAAAAUGGUCGAUGAGAUAAUAGCCAAAUUCCCGGACAAUAAUAAGAAUCAUCUAAGGCCAAUUUGCGGUCUGCCUGUGAGUUCGUACUUCUCGGCGUUGAAAAUAAGAUGGCUAAUAGAGAAUGUGCCGAAUGUCAAGAAAGCUAUGCGCGAGGGUCAUUGUAUGUUUGGAACCUUGGACACGUGGCUCGUCUGGAAUUUAACAGGAGGAAAGGAUGGUGGACUGUAUAUAACCGAUGUAACAAACGCUUCGAGAACUAUGCUCAUGAAUAUUGAAACUAUGACUUGGGAUAUAACUCUUUGUCGAUACUUCAACAUUCCCAUGCAUAUUCUUCCAAAAAUACGAAGUAGCUCAGAAAUUUAUGGGAACAUCAAAGUCGAACCGUUAAAGGGCAUUCCAAUAUCAGGAAUAUUAGGGAAUCAACAAGCAGCACUUGUAGGUCAAAAUUGCUUAAAACAAGGACAAGCAAAAAAUACAUACAGAAGUGGAUGUUUCUUGCUUUGUAAUACUGGCCAAACAAGAGUUUUCUCAUCGCACGGCUUGGUAACUACGGUAGCGUAUCAGCUGGGCCCAAAAAGUCCGGCUGUAUACGCACUCGAGGGUUCGAUAGCUGUAGCAGGCCUCGCGAUCAAGUGGCUCCGCGACAAUAUGCGAAUGAUGAAAGAUGUACAAGAGAGCGAACACCUGGCUGAUAAAGUCUUAAACACGGGCGACGUUUACUUUGUACCUGCCUUCUCGGGACUUUACGCGCCCUAUUGGAGAAAGGAUGCCAGAGGAAUUAUUUGUGGAUUAACCACAUUUUCUACAAAAGAUCACAUUAUAAGAGCCUCGCUAGAAGCUGUUUGUUUCCAAACGAGAGAUAUUAUAGAAGCCAUGUUCAAAGAUUGCGGUUUUCCAUUAACAAAAUUAUACACGGAUGGAAAAAUGACUAUUAACAGUUUGCUUAUGCAGUUGCAAGCCGAUAUUGCUGGUAUACCAGUUUUCAGGUCUAGAGUACCUGAUAUUACAGCACUAGGUGCUGCAAAAGCUGCUGGAAACGCAGCUGGUAUAGGACUCUGGGAAUUAGAAGGUGCAGGUGUUGAAACAAUUAUUACCGACACAUUUUUGCCCACAACAACACCAGAAGAAAGAGAUGCAAGGUACAAAAAGUGGAGAAUGGCAGUACAAAAAAGUCUUGGCUGGGCAUCGAUAAAAAUGUCACCUCAGAUGACAGAUGAUAGGUAUCGUAUUUUGGCAUCAAUACCAGUAAGCUGGUUCUUAAUGUCAAGUUUUAUUUUACUAAGGCUAAGCAUCUACUUCGACAAUCGGUGACGCCUUACUGAAUGCAAUACAAGAAAAGUCAUUAUAGCUGUCAGCUAAUCUCUAAAUCUUAGAAUCCAGCUAGUCUAUAGCCAAAUACUUGUACACUUUGCUAGACUUCAUGAAAACUUACCAUCACAUUUUCUCAAAUUAAUAGGUAGAAAUUAAAAAAAAAAAUAUUAUUUAUAGUCUUCCUAAUUUAUGAUUAAAUGCAUACAAUAUUGACAGGUGUACAACAUGUGUGCACGUAUGCACUUAUAUAUUUAUAAAUGUAUA